GGGACCCUCCAUCUUGGGCCGGGCUGCUGGGGAGGCCCCCGCGCAGGGCUGGUGGCGCGGUGACGCGGUGGUACGGUGAGCGGACUCCGGCGUCCCGCAGACGCGGACAUGGGGCUGGUGUCAUUUGAGGACGUGGCUGUGGACUUCACCUGGCAGGAGUGGCAGGAGCUGGAUGCUGCUCAGAGGACCCUCUACAGGGACGUGAUGCUGGAGACCUACAGCAGCCUGGUGUCCUUGGGGCACUGUUUAGCCAAACCUGAGUUGAUCUGCAGGUUGGAAGAAGGAUUUGGGCCGUGGCGUGUUGCAGAAACCGCAGAGCAGUGCCUCCCAGAUGUCUCUGAAUGGAGCGCCCCAGUUGAAACAAGCCAGCAAAAUCAAGAGGAGUGUUUUAUGCAAGUCGAAAUCACCAAGAGAAACACAUCAAGUGAAGAUCAGGAUGGAACAGAAAAAACAGUCGAUAUGGACUCCAACUGUAUUUCAAAUAUGAACAUAAAGAAUGAAGCCUAUUCCAGAGCAUCCCUGCAGGAGCUUGGUGAUCCACGGCACGAUGUACCUUUGCCUAGCAAGCCUGAUGCGAGGCGGGGUGCAGAAGAACCUCACGAGUUGAGUGAAACUCGGGGAGCUCUCUCAUAUCCUGACCAUUUUACUCACCACAGCAAGGAUCAGUGUUCACAGUGUUAUUUUCAGUAUUUUGGACCAGAUGAAACCCUCCACACAAAAGCAAUAUUAACACCUAAAAAGUUUCAUGUGCGGGAAACCUCUAGGAAGUUCAGUGACUGUGAGAGCUCCUUUGAUGAGGUGACCCUUCCUGACCAGUACAUGACUCAGUUAAGAAAGCAAACUUUGGAAUGGAAUAUAUGCCAUAAAGUGUUCCCUAGUAAGCCUGCACUUAGUAACCAUGGCAACAUGCACACAGGAGAGAAAGGUUAUAAAGGUGAGUAUGAGAAACCCAUCAUUAACAAAGCAUACCUUACAGAACAUCAGGAAGCACAUGCAGGAAAAGAGCCCCAAGAACACAAGGAAAACGUCAAGUUCUGCUGCCUGGAUGCGGAACUACAAGCAGUUGAUCAAAAACGGCACAGAGAUAAACAAAUUUAUGGGUGUAAAGUAUCUGGGAAAACAUUUUGCCAUGAGUCACAGCAUGUCAGCCAACAGAGAUCUCAGACCUGUAAGGAACGCUGUGAGUGUAAGGAAUAUGGGAAAGCUAUCCAUGAUGAGCCAACCCCCUCUCAACAUCAGAGACUUCCUACAGAUGAGAAACCCUGUGGGUGCAGAGAAUGCAGUCAGGCUCUCCACCACGAAGCCCCUCUGUCUCAGUGUCAGGGCACUCACGCAGACGAGCAGCAAAAUGAGUGCAAAGAAUUAAUGAAGAUUUACUUCUAUAUAUCAAGCCUCACUCAACAUCACAGACCUCAUACUCUCGAGAAACCAUACGGAUGCAAUGAUUGUAUGAAAACUUUCUCCCAUAAGUCACAGCUCACUCGCCAUCGGAGAACUCACACAGGGGAGAAGCCCCAUGAAUGUAAAGAGUGCAGCAAAGCUUUCUGUCACAAGUCGCACCUUACCCGGCAUCAGGGAAUCCAUGCACCUGAAAAGCCCUUCGAAUGUAAAGAAUGUAAGAAAUCUUUCCACAUGAAGUCACAACUCACUCAGCACCAGAGAACGCACACCGGUGAGAAGCCCUUUGAGUGCAAAGAAUGCCGGAAAGCCUUCUUCCGUAAUUCACACCUCACUCAGCAUCAGAAAAUCCACACGGGCGAGAAGCCACAUAAGUGUGAAGACUGUGGGAAUGCUUUUGCCCGUAAGUCACACCUCACUCAGCAUCAGAAAACCCACACGGGUGAGAGGCCCUACGAGUGUAAAGACUGUGGGAAGGCCUUCUCCCGUAAGUCCCAACUGGCACAGCACGGGACGACGCACACUGGUGAGAAGCCCUAUGAAUGUAAAGAGUGCAGGAAAACUUUCUACCUUAAGGCGUACCUCACUCGGCACCAGGUAAUCCAUAAAGCUGAAAAGCCGUUUGAGUGUAAGAAAUGUGGGAAGGCUUUCUCCCGUAAGUCAUACCUCACGCGACAUCACAAGACCCAUAAAGGUGAGAAGCCCUAACUAGGUGAGAAAGCAUAGGGAUACAAAUUUUGAAGGAGGUUCUUAAACUAGUCAUACUUAACAGAGAGCUUACACGAGUGAGAAGCCAUGCAUGUAGGAAAAUGUCCUUCUGUUACAUCUCAGCCAACAUCCGAAAACCCAUGCCAGUAGUAAACUCUAUAAAUAUAAAAGUAGGAAAGAGACUUUUCUACAGGAGUUAGGCCUCACCGUAUGUCAGAGAACUUUCACCAGUGAGAAGCCAUAGGAAAUGAAGGAAUGCAGUGUUUAAGUUACAACACAUUGUAUGUUCGUGAAUUCAUAUUACUGAGAAAGUCCAUGAUGUAUAUAUACAUCAACAAGAGAUGAUGUAUCCCGGCAUGAGCCCUGUCAAUGUAGACAAUGCAGAAAAGCUUUCUACCGUAAAACAACUCCCUACUGCACAACUGCUGUCAUUCAAGCGUGAACAGCAUGGGGCAAAUGUUUGACAAGUCGGACCUCACUGCGUCGGCGUACUUUUUCAGCUAUUGUAUUUUGGGCUCUUAGGCCUCUAAUUCCCUUCUCCACCCCAACACCAGGUGGAAGAGAAAGAAGGUUAAUGGGGAGAGGGGGCGUAGUUCUCUUUAGCUACUUCCUGCUGGUUAGGGUCCUUGGGUUUCUUGGGGCAAAGUCCAGUCUUUGUUUCAGAACAUCUUCAACUUCUCUUUAUCAAACUGCAACAACAGCAACCAGGAGCAGCAAGGGGUAGCAGCAGCCUCCUUCUUCUUUCUUGGAGACCUCUGGCCUUCUCUGGGCUCUGGCAUUUAUACCGUCUCAGAGUCCCAGAAUUAAACUAUCUGCAGCUGGCAAAAAUCAUACCCCUUUCAGCCUACAUAAGGCAAAUAGUCUGCUGCUGUGGACAGUCUAAAUCAGCCUCAUAUCCCACACCUAUGAUUAAAACAAAAACAUAUUUACAUAACAUAGCUGAGUUUCUAAGAAAAUCAAAACUCCCACUACACCACAUCUGCCAGAAAAGCCAUACAGGUGAGAAAACAGGCUAAUCUAGGGCAGCUCAGAGGCCCGGCAACUAAGGGGUGCUGUGAGGGUUAAGAAUAGAGAGAUUUCAAGGAUCACUUGCUUUUAUUCUCAGCUUCUUUUAGUGCUGAUGCUUCCAUUUUACCUGUACUGAGACAAGGACAGCCUGGACAACAUAGUAAUAAACUUGUCCCCCCCCUUUUAUGAGACUCAACCUCUCUACGUAGACUAGGCUAGCUUCAAACUCAUGGAAACUGCCUGUUCCUCACAAGUGCUGGUAUUAAAGGUGUAUGCCAUCAGGCCUGGCUUGUCGUAAGGUGUUUUUAAUAAAGAAGGUCCCAUCAAACUGUAUUGGAUACUCUCUGUAUAGGACAUGGGAAACACACCAUACGUAAGUACUCUCAAAAACUUACAGUGAGAUUUGGAGUUUGGCUGGAAUCAGAAUAUCACGAAGGCAGAAACCCAGGAAGAGUACGGGGACUGUGCUGCUGUAGUUUAUUGGCCUCUGCAUCACAGGCCCAUGCUAGAAGCCUCCAUGUAUCAGGCCUGUGAAGUUUCUCAAAGUCACACUCUGCAGUCACUGCAUCACUCAUGACAAGAGUCUGUCUGAGUGUCAUGCGUUGCAAAGGCUGGCAUGUGGCCCGCUGUCCCAGAGUGUGCCAUGUGUUACCUCCCCAUCCUUUCAAGUUCAUGCAGGUAGCCUGCGUCGUCACAGAUGCUCAGAUUAGUUGAUAAUGCUUUCUUUGGUUGCAGUCAGUAAAAUAAAUCUCAAUUUUUUUGUUUGC